CCCCCAACGACAAACCAACACCCAACGACACGACGACGACGCAACGACGCCUUCGCCAACCCCUCUCCUCUAAUCCUCUCGUUAAGCGCCAUCUACAACAGCAGCAAGGAUGUCCCAAUUCGAGCCUGUGGUGAGUUUUACCUCUCCGCUGGAGUUUUCUAUAUCGGGGGAGAAAGAAAGAUUGUGGCUAGAUUGGGCUUCGAUGAAAUACCGGAACAGGAGCGGGAAGCUGAUUGGCGCUGUUUGGUAUAGGUCGUUAUCGAUGGCAAGGGACAUCUCCUCGGUCGCCUGGCCUCUACGGUUGCGAAGCAGCUUUUGAAUGGUCAAAAGAUUGUGGUUGUCAGAUGUGAAGACUUGAAUAUCUCCGGCGAAUUCUUCAGAAGCAAGCGUGCGCAGCCACCCCAUCUGGAAAUGAGCUUUGUUUAAGCUCUUGCUACUCCUGGCCUUGUGGCGCGGCAAGCUAACACCUCAUCUUGGAGAUGCAUAGUCAAGUACCAUGCCUACCUUCGCAAAGCUACCCGUUACAACAAGACUCGUGGUCCUUUCCACUUCCGUGCCCCAUCGCGCAUCUUCUAUAAGACUGUCCGUGGUAUGGUUUCUCACAAGACUGCUCGCGGUCAGGCCGCUCUUGAGCGCCUCAAGGUGUUUGAGGGCAUCCCUCCUCCAUAUGACACCAAGAAACGUAUGGUCGUUCCCCAGGCCUUGAGGGUUUUAAGGUUGAAGCCUGGAAGGAAGUACUGCACUGUUGGAAGGCUGAGCCACGAGGUUGGAUGGAAGUACCAGGACGUUGUCGAGAGGUUUGUCACCCGCAUCUUCAGAGUAUACACUGAAACGGUUUCCCGGGAGAGAAUCUGAUUUGUGGGACUAUUCAGGCUUGAGGAGAAGAGGAAGGCCAAGUCGGCGGCUUUCUAUGCCAGGAAGAAGGCGCAUGUGAAGAAGUUGGCUAUCGCGGCCGGCAAUACUUCCACAAACAAGGAGGAGUUGGCGAAACUCGGGUAUUAGACGUUGUGUCGCAUAGCAGGAAAAUCGACGCAAAAAAUGAUCUCCAGUUGACUUGUCAUUUUCCAACGAACCUUCUUUUUUAAAAAAAAACUUGUUUCCGUUUUCCCAAUCCGAUCGAUGUGCGACAAUUCCAAUUUUCUUCUAGCCUUUUUCUUUCUCUCCAACGGGUAUCUCCUUGUGUAGGCUAGGAACGUGCUACAGAAUAGAGGUAGCACAGGGGGAAAGGGGGUAGGAUGGGCCGGAGGAGGGAGGGGGAAUGCGGGAAAAAAGGGAAUCGGGUUUUUACGUUGUUUCGGGGGUGUUAUUAUGGGAAUCAAGGGUUUUUCGAAAGGGUCGGGACGGGAAUGAGAGGAGGGAGACUAGAGGUGAUUGAUAUUGGUUUCGAUUGCUUGCUGGGUGACACGUUUUUCUAUUCUCUCCUUCGUCUGUCUUCUUUUCUCUCUCCUUUUCAACUAUUUUACACUCUGGGGAACCCUUUUUAAAAAAAAUGCCCGACAAAUUUCUGUUUUCUUUUUUUUUUCAUCUCACUUUUUUUUCCUCCAACUUGUUCACUUUCUCACUUUUU